UUCCUUUUAGCCUCGUUGCCACGCUCGCCUGGAUUUGGCCCCAACCUGCUCUUCUGUAAAAAUAUUUAUUUAAACAGAUCUGUUUAAGAACAUUUUAAAGCACUGAAUUUUGGAGUGGAAAAGACCUGCCUGUUUAAAAGCCAUUUAAGGAGAAAGGCACUUGAAGCAGGGCCGUGGGGCUGGAGAGGAGGAGGUGGUGGGAGACUCUGCAGAGGUCAGUGAGGAAAAGCUGCAAAGCAGCUGCCAGAAGAGGAUGUUUUUCAAAGCAAUGCUGAUCUCUGCUCCCCGUCACUUUUUAUUUCGUUAUGCUUUUAGUAAACAAUGGAGUCAGACAUAAAAGCGAACCAAGAUUUCAAAAGCCAGUUUAAGGCUUAUCAGAAGCAACAGCAGAGGCGGCUGCAAAAUGUGAUGGAGAGGAAGAAGGAGAAGCAGAACAGUCAGAAGGAUAAUGGCAACACAAGGGAGACUUUAAGAACUCCAGAUGAUCUAAACCUGUUUGAAAUAGGACAACCUGUAAACGAAGAUGGCAGCAAAAGGUUCCUUGAGGCUGGGAACGAGCAGCUGCAGGAUCAGCUUCGAGAGGUCCGAGAUGAGAACUGCAGAUUGUACAAACUGGUGACAGAGAAGGAUUUUGAAAUAAAGCAACUCCAGAAAAAAGUGCAGGAGGACAGGUUGGCUUUGGCGGGGACUUCUGGGUUAGCUGGAGAUGUUGCAGCCACUAAAAUAGUGGAAUUGGCCAAGAAGAACCGUGAGAUAACUGCUGAGGCCGAGAGCGAACGAGCCAAAGUGAAGCAGCUGAAUCACAGAGUCAAGGAGCUGGAGAGAGAACUACAGGCAGCUGUAGAAAAAAUACAUUCCCUUGGUGGUGGUGGUGGUGGAAUCAAGGAGUCAACUCUGAAGAUGCUGGAAGAAAACUUGGCUGAAAGUCCAGAGGUGAAAGCACUGCAAGAAAAAUUAAACACAGCCAACUUCAAAGCCAUGGAAUAUCGGAACCAGCUCCAAUCCUCCAGACAGGAACUGAAGAUGACCCAGAAGCUUUUGGCCAAUGAAAUUGGGGAAGAUGUGAACAUUCAGAGUCUCUUGGCCAAUUCUGGCAGCUGGCGUGGACGGGCCCAGCAGAUCCUCAUUCUCCAAAACAAGGUUCGAGAGCUGGAGGGUAAGUUGGGUCAAAACAAGAGCAGAAGAUCAGUGAUGGAGAUUGAUGAGGACUUCCUGGCUCUUGAUGAUCCAAGGAGGUUGUCAGCCCAGGAGAAGCACUUGCUGAAACUUCGCAACUUGGAGAAAGAAAAGAAAGAAGCUUUGGAGAAACUCGCUGGGGAACACCGUGCCCUCCAGAAAAGCCACGAGGAGCUGAAAAACAAACUCGAUGCAUCCAAAGCCAGGAACAAAAUCCUGUGUGGUGAGCUGAAGAUCCUGAAGGCACAGAUUGUAACCUUGCUGGAGAAAGGAAAACACGACGAUGAGCUCAUAGAUGCCUUGCUGAGCCAGCAGAAGCAAAUGCAGGAGAUCUUGAAGGACCUGAGCCAGAGGGAGGACGAGAACAAGGAGUCUCGGAAAAUAGGGCGCCUCUUGAACAACGAGAUUCAGAAGCAGAGCUGCCUCAUAGAGCAGCUCAGGGAGAUGGUGACUGAACGAGAUGCAAAGGCUCAAAUGAUGGAAGUGGGGAUUGGGAAACUCACCCUUCAGGAAUCUGCCCAUCAAGGGGAGGGUUCAGGAGCUGCUGAUGCACCACCUUGUGAGCACUCGGAGGCACCUCUGGCAUCAGGGAGCAGCGAGGUUGGAAGCACUGACUCUGCCCGCACAGUGUCCAGGAUGGGCCACCUGCUUGUGGAAUCAGCAGCCACGAGGCCUUCCCUUCUUAGGGAUGACAUCCCACCUGGAGGGCUCCCUGGCACUGCCAUUCCAGAGGGGAAGGAGCUGCAGACCCAGAUGACGGAGCACAGGGCUCUGUGCCAGGCUGCUGAGGUGGAGAGGGACGUGCUCCUGGAGCUGGUGACUGUGCUGCAGAAGAGAGUGGAGGAAAGCAGCAAUAAAGUCUUGGAAGCUGAGAAGAUGCUUCAGGAACAGCAGUGGCAAACUGUCAUUUUGGAGCAGGAGCUGGAACGGCUGCAAAUGGAUCCAGGGAAAAACACAACUGGACAGAAAGCACCCCUGAGGAGCAGAAGAGCCCAGCCUGUGGCUCACUCAAGCCUCCCUGACAGGAAGGAGCUCCCUGCAUUCCCCCUGUCCCAGCUGCCCCUGGAAUCAGAGCUAGAGGAGCUGAGCACCAGGCUCGCAAUCCAGCUGGAUGAGAACAAAGCUCUGCAGGCUGCUUUGGAAUCAACUGUGAGAAAGAAAGAGGAAGAUUUUAAACUGUAUCAAGACACAAUGGAGCAAGUGAGGGAUAUCUUUUUACAGGCCAUUCAGCAGCAGGAACAAGAGAAGAGUUAAGGGAGAUAGCCCGAGUUCUUUGGGCUGCAGAGCAGGGAGGGAGCCCAGGCAUCGUGCCCGGGAAUUGGAGCAGUGGCAGUGUAGUUUUGCAGCCUCAGAUCUUCAGCAUUUACAGGAGAGGAUGAGAAACAAGAGAUGAAAUACAGAAAAGUGGAGGUUUCACGUGUCAGCAAAUUCUGUCUGUAAGUUGGCAAGCAGGGCUCCACAGGAUGGAGUUGGUGCACUCAGAAAGCUGCAAUUCCACGGUGGGAUUUUGGGCAAAACCUCUCUGGUUUCAACACAGUGUUCCCUGAGAGGGCUCCAUAUUCAAUGUGCCUUUAUCAGCUCAGGAAGGAAUUUGCUGAACAAAAGUUAGGCCAGCCCCCUUCCUUGGAACAAACUGAGUUCUGUUUUUAUCAGCACGCUGCUACCUGUCUGUCUGAGGCUUUCUGCAGCACUGCAGUGCUGAGGGACAGGGUUAGCCUGGCCUGUGAAUGUCUGCAAGUUGAAUUUUGGGGUGGCUCCACUCACCAUUCCAGCCUGUUUCUUUGCUUGAAGAGGCUUCUGAAACUCAGUGGAGUUUCCACUGAAAAGCUGCCCUGUGCAGCUCCCCCCUGCAGUGAGUCAGACCUGCCUUAAACUCAGCUCCUUCCACACCAGAUUCACCAUCCAGGUUAUGAAUUCCCUAUUUCUGGGUCUCUGCAUUCAUCCAUCCAUCCAUCCAUCAGGCAGAUCUUGUUCUCUCUGGGAAGAAAUGCCACAAAACACAGGCAGGUCCUCACUGCAGCUCUUUUGGGACUUUUGGAGGUGCUGCCAGCCCUGUCCUUCCCUCCUGCAGCACAGUGAGAACACGGAGUGCAAGCUAAUAAGGCAUUAACAUGCAUCCUGCCAGGGAGAGCAGCCUUGGGGAUUCCAGGCAAAUGGAGAGCCAGUCAUUUUUGUACAGUGCUGCUUUUGUUUCUCAGCUCAAAGUCUUGAAAGCUCUUCUUUUUCUGCUCUCUUUCUCUGAGCCUGAAGUUUGUGAGGCUUUAACCCCGGACAGCACCACCCAUGGCAAAGCGGAUUUUUUGUGGAGGAAAGACUCCCUCUCCCUGUGCUCCCUUCCCCAGCACAGGAAUUUCAUCCUGACUCCCCUUGUGCAGAGUGAAAAUGAGCAGAGCAGGAGUUCCUCCAGGUGUGUUGUCCCCGUGCCUUUUUUCCUGCUUAGAUUCAAAGAUAAUCUCUUUUCAGACAGUUCAUGGAGUCCCUGAUGGAGGAAAUCACAAGAGCUGAGGAUAAACUCAGCUUCUGGGAGUUUCUCUCUGUACUUCCCAGCCCUUCUCUGUUCCCCCAGCACUGCCCUAUAGCUCAGCAAAGCUGUCAGCUGCCUCUCUUGCAAAAAGCAGGGCCAAAACACUUCACUGCCACAUUUUCCCUGCUCACCCUGCCAGUUGCAUCAGAGGAAAAAGCAUCUUGCAACCUGUGAUGGUCCCUGCACAACUUGAGGAAUAAAUCCUGGGUUCAGAGAGAGAGAGAGAGUUUCAUCCAAGUGAGCUGUGCCUUGUUCCUGUUCAGCUCCAUCCUGAUGAUUAUGUAGAGAGGAAGAAAUCAUCCCCCACCUCUGGCAGAUAUUUUAAGGACCUGCAGGAGUGGGCAGAUCCCCUUGAAAAAGCUGCCUGAGCCGGGGCAGGGCUGUGGAGACUCUGCCGAGCUAAAUCCGGGCGGCUGGAGAUUCUGAUUUCGCUUACGCAGGAGUGUCAAUCCAUCCGAUUUUCCCAGCAGUGGAGCAGAGCAAUCUGCCACCCUUCCUUGCCUCCUGUCCUGGUGCAGCAGUGGAAACCAACCCACUCUCCAGUGAAACACCUCUGAGUCAGCCCCUGGAGCACAGGGAAGGAACUGGGAUGUUACAGAACACAUCUGGCUCGCCAGCACGUGCUGCAGACCUUUUUUUUGCAAGUGCUGCAACACUCAUUGCUUUAAACAUAUGCUUGUUUGGGGUUGCACAGAAGCAUUUCCCCUUUUUUUUCCUGCACACACGCACAGAGCCUUGACAAAGAAGGAACUAAACCACUAUAAACCAGCUUAUAGAGAGAGCCUGUACCUGUGAGUAGCUGUUUCUCAUGGAAAUGUGCAGUCUGUCUCCCAUCACGUAGUGGGGGGGGGGGGUGGAUCUGAACACAGCUCAGAUUGUCCAGGCCUUCUCAGUUUUCACCUUCAUUUUGAAAUAAAUUCCCUCUGCACUUCCACAGAGUGACCUGCCUUUGAAUUCUCUCCGUGCUGACUCUUGCAGCAACUGGUUCACAGUUUUCAAGGGAUGAGACCAAUUUCCUUUGCAGCACAUGUCAUUUUGUUGCUGAACAGAAGAAACCCUGGCAGACCUUGGAAGCAGCAGCAGCAGCAGCUCCAUGGAUCCCAACCCAUCACUCAGAGAACAAAAUCAAUGAGAAUCUUCUUCUCCCUGCCUGGAAAACCCCCUGGUGCUGGUCCUCAAUCCUGGGAUCUCUCUCUGGCACCCUGGAUGUGCUGUUUGAGCUACAGUUCUUUUAGGGAUGGAGCUGGACUUGAUAUGAAACCCCCAUAACCCCCUGCUUUCCUGGGGAGUUUCAGGUUUUCUUUUUCCUCCUGCUAAAAUCCUGUGCUUCCAUUCUCAUUUGGAUUUCUCUGGCUUCAGUUUGCAACCAGCCUUUGUUAUGAUGUUUGUCCCUCUCUUAGCUAAAAGCAGUGUGAGUCCCCAGCUUUUCCUCCCUGGGACAACCUUCAUCCAGUGACAAGUUGUGUCACAGGCAGCUUUUUGAUAAGCUCUGAGUUUUUUCAGUCUCUCACUGUAGCAGAAGGUGGUGACAGACUAGAGGUGACACCCCUGGCACGGGCUGGUGGAUACAGUUAAGCUUAAUUUUGCUGCAGAUAUUUGGCUGUGGACACUCCUUGUUGGGAUCUGGGCAGCUUUUAACUCCAAACAGGAGUCCUCCAAGCACUUGGAGGUUCUAUCCUGCCCUGGAGCUGGGCAGAGCCCUCCCAUAAAUCAGCCAUCAAGUGCCUGAUGGAUGCAUCCCAUUUUAAAGUACAGCUGAACC